GUCUGUUGGCUGUUUUAACGAUUUGUUACUUCUCUAAAUAUCAUGUUUCUAAGCCGCCGUCUCUAAUGUGUUCUUAGAUAUGAAGGGCCCUAAGCCACUUAUAGUGGUUAUCAAACUUGGAACUAGUUCCAUCGUGGAUGAGAAGACACAUGAACCUCUCCUAUCAAUCUUAACCCUUAUUGUUGAAACAGCUGUUAAGCUUCGGAAAGAUGGCCAUAAGGUCAUCAUUGUGUCCUCGGGCGCCAUUGGCGUUGGUCUUCAACGAAUGGACAUCGAUAAGAGACCAAAGCAUCUGUCCAAGUUACGAGCACUUGCGGCUAUUGGCCAGUGUCGUUUAAUGAGUCUUUGGGAUAGCUUGUUUGGACAUCUCCGUCAACCCAUCUCCCAGAUCCUCUUAACGAGAAACGAUAUUUCAGAUCGGACGAAAUAUCUCAACGCCCAAAAUACUAUCUUGGAGCUUCUGGAGAUGGGUGUUAUACCCAUUGUAAACGAAAACGAUACUUUAGCUGUUGCUGAGAUCAAAUUUGGUGACAAUGACACACUAUCAGCCAUCACUGCUGCUAUGGUCCAUGCCAACUUUCUUUUCCUUAUGACGGAUGUCGACUGCUUAUACGACAAGAAUCCACGGACACACCCAGAUGCUAAACCCAUAGAAGUGGUGGAAGAUAUCGGGGCUAUACGUGCUGAUGUAUCCAGUGCUGGGUCUUCUCUCGGCACCGGGGGCAUGAGUACAAAGAUUGUUGCCGCUAGGCUCGCAACAUCUGCUGGCGUCACUACAGUCAUUACUCGAUCAUCAUCACCAGGGAACAUCUUCAAGAUUGUUCGCUACCUACAAGCUAGCAAGAAAUACACGUCAUCCAUACAUACACCAGUGCUAGGUGGUGAUGCGGAAGAUCCCCUUUCUAAAUCUACAGCGUCCCUAGCCCUUGAGGCAUUAGAGAAGCCACCGUUGCAUACGCGAUUCCUUCCGCUCUCUCAGCCGAUCAGAGAUCGCUACUUCUGGAUCCUUCACGGUUUAGCGCCGCAUGGUACGAUAUACAUCGAUGCUGGAGCCCAUCGUGCCCUUUCGGAUAAAGCCGGUCUUCUUCCAGUAGGCGUUCUGGACGUAGAGGGGAGCUUUGCGCAGCAGGAAGCUGUUCGCAUUGUGGUGGUAGAAAAGCGACCAGAACCGGGACCGGAUGGGAAGCUCUGGGAGGGCCCGGGGGUCGAAAUCGGGAGAGCGCUUGUCAACUAUGCAGCGACCGAGAUUGCCCGCAUUAAGGGGCAUCGAAGCACACAAAUCGAGUCCUUACUAGGCUACGCCGAUAGCGAGUACAUAGCGGAUCGGGACAGCAUUAGUUUACUUCGCAGGGAGAGUCGGCCUGUUACACCGGUGUUCGACAGGGUGAACGAAAACGGCGGAGGAGUAGCUGCCUAUGAAAACGAUAUCAGUUUAUAGAUGUUGGCUACUUCGCAUAGAUCGACGGCGUAUGGAGAUAAGGAGUUACACGGCUUUAAAAAAAGAAAGAAAGAGAAAUUUAAUAAGGGGUAUAGAUCGUCGACCGCUGCAAGAAUGCUUAUUUUUAUUGUCUUGUAGAAAAGACCAAAGUCACAUAUAGAGUUAGUCG